CUAUUCGUAUUCAUACCUUCAACGAGAGCGGACUGUGCGCGUUGCUAUUCUGUUCCGUUGGCGCGUCGUCGCUGCUGUCGUCGUCGUCGUCGUGUGUUUUGUUCGUUGCGUUGUUUAUUAACUUUUUAUGUACUAUAUUUACUACGUUUGCCAUUCCACCUAUCUACUACUCGUACUGUGUACUAUAAGUAUUGUGUAUGAUUUUUGUUCUUUGCAUUUUACGCGCCGCUUUUCGACACAUUUCGCCACGCUCGCGGUCUGCCGCUGUUCCAGCUACAUUUGUUGCCACCUGUACAACACGGGGGGAGGUACGGCAACGACACUACCAGCACCAUCACCUCCCUUGAAGCGUUGUCAAUGCCGGCUCACUAAGUGCCCUCUAUGUGUGUGUGUGUGUGAGUUGCAUUUUGGUGUAUUUUGUUGUGCUGACGUUUAAAUAUCAUAUCUAAUACGUGCAAAAGAGAAAGAAAAGUGUUUCCAUGAGAGUGGAAGAGAGAAUUCCGUUCUUAUCAGCAUAUAUCGUGUGUACGACGAGUGUUACCUUGAGGUGCAAAAAAGGUAGCAAAACAGCAGCGCAGCGCGCUACCUCCCACUACUGCUCCCUCUCUUAAGUGCGUGGCCAAAUAUUAAUUGAAAGCAUGUGAAAUUAACAGCAAAGCAAAAGCUAUAGCCGAACAACCGUUACUAUUCCAAUUAUAGUGCAAGUUACAAGAGAGGGAGGUAUAAAAACAAAAUAAUCAAGCGAAACAGCAGAGACACACAAAAAAUAACCCCCACAACAACAACAACCGAGGCAGCAGCAGCAGGCAGAACGUUUAAGUGAGCAGCGACUGAGCUGAGCGAAAAUAGCAUGAAAAUGUCGAAAAACUGUUGAGCGCUCAGCAUGCAAGCGGCGAUGGACACGGCCGCCAUGGCCAUUGCCGUGGGCGUUGGUGGAUCCUCCAGCUCUGGCCCAGGGAGCAGCAGCAGCAGUGGGAGCAGCAGCAGCAGUGGCUAUGGCAGUGCCACGACCACGCCCACAACGCCGCUGGGCAGCGGUGGUGGAGGAGGAGGACACUAUGAGGCCUCGCCCACAUCCAUGCCAAUGGCAACGAUAGCCACAGUGGCGCCGUUCUACAGCGAGGCACUCACCUCGCUGGAUGCACAGCAGCGGCAACAGCAGCAGCAGCAACAGCAACACCUGCAACAGCAGCAGCAGCAGCAGAAUCAAUCUCACUUUUAUCAUCAGAACUAUGGCUAUGGGAAUAGCCUGCCCUUGAGCGCGCCACUGGAUGCGGCAGCCUACAAUGCGUACAGUGGGGCAUACAAUGCGUACAGCAGUGGGGCAGCAGCCAGCAGCAGCGGCGGCAGCAACAGCUUUCAGGGUGGGGCACGCUACGAGAAGUUGGCACCCAGCUCGGGCUCAAAGUACAGCGGGGGAAGUGCAGCCAUCGGGGGAGCAACAGCAGGAGGAGCAGCAAUGAAACCCCAGGCGGCAGCCACGCCCUUCUACGCGCAACCCUUGGGGCAGGCUGGGAGCAGUGCAAGCGGAGGCGGAGGUGGAGGACCCUACAUGAUGAACACAAAUCAUCCGUAUGAUCCGUACAAGUACAAGAUGCCCGCCCAAGCGGCAGCGCCACCACCGCAAACACAUCAAUCGAUGGUGCAAGCGUCCAACCAGCCGACGGCAGCCGUGGGACAGCCACAAUACGGACACGGACUGGCCAUGAAUCCCAGCCAGAAGCAGCAGCAGCAGCAGCAGCAGAUGCAGGUGCAACAGCAGCAGCAACAGUUCACGCAGCUGGAGGCCAACUAUGCGGCCAUCAAGCCGAACAGUCGCUACCAGAGCAUGCCGCCGUCUCAGGUGCCGUAUGGGACUCCGCCUGGUGCAACCUCCGCCUCGGGUGGCAUGCCAGGCAAUGCCACAGGCACGCCCUACUACGACAAGUACGGAGUGAUGCCCAUGCCGCCCAUGUACCCUACGAACGGAGGACUGCCGCCAAUGUACACGCCGCCCGAGCUGGUGGGGGAGUCGGCGUACCGCAAGUCGGGCAGCAGCUGCCACUGGAGCGUGGACUACAAUGCGGCCAAUUGUCGAACUCUGCCGCCAGUGGCUGCCGCACCCAGCAGCUCCUAUCAUCAUCCGCAUCCCGGGGGAGUGCCAGGCGGAGGAGGAGCACCACCAGGAGCGCUCCCGCCCAGCAAUGAGAUGUACUACGGCGCCGGAAAGUAUGACAAGUAUGGGAAUCCUGUGGCGAAUCCUUAUGCCAGCAAUCCGUAUGCCACCAGCAUGGGGCAGCCGCCGUAUGGCGCAGCCGCGGCACGCAACAUGUGGACGGAGACUCCCGCGCAGCCCAAUCCCCGCCAGAAUUGCUGCUCCCAGGCGGCAUAUCCGCAGCAGAGUUGCUACUAUCCAAGAGGCAAUGUGCCAGCAGCCCAACAGCAGCAACAGCAGCCGCAGUAUCCGGUCAGUGGCGCCACAAAGCUGAAGCAUCCGCUAACCUCUGACCUGUACGCGCCCUACGACCCCGCACCACCACCCACCCAGCUGGGUUAUGGCUAUGGCACGAGCCAACAGGUGGGCGGAGCCACAGCCAGCAAUAUCAAUCCCAAUCAGCGAUAUGUGGCGCCACCGCUGAACAUGGGAAUGGGCAUGGGCAUGGGCAUGGGAAUGAGCAUGGGAAUGGGCAUGGGCAUGGGCAUGGCCAUGGAUCCCAGCAUGAGCAGUGCAGGCGGCGGCAACUACUACAACGAUCUCAAUCUAAAUCUAAACAGCCUGGAGAGCUAUGUGCCACAGGUGCCGCCACAGAUGCAGCCACAGCAGACGCAUCGCGGGCCCUACCAGGAGUACCGCAAGAGGUCUGCCCCAGCGCCGGCAGCAGGCAACUGCUAUCUGGGACAACAGGCAGGCAGUGCAGCGGGUCCACUCAAUGGAGCACUCACCAACUUGGAGGCACAUGUGGACAGCUAUGUGGGCUACAAUCUGCACGCCACAACCUCGAACUCCCACUACAGCAUGGAGCCAGCGAAGACUUCCCCGCAAACGUGCAACAUUCGGGAUUUUUUGGCCACAUGGAACGAUGAUGAGGAUGAGGCUGCCGCGGAACCACAGACCACAGCUGUGGCUUUGGUGGCGCCGACUGUGCCAUCCAAUUUCAUGUACGAAUCUCUGCCACCGAGUGGCCCACAGGCCACAGCUGUGCCGGUGGAUCAUCAGGCAGCGGCGAGCAUCAACCUCCCAGACAUCAUUAUAGACAUUGAAAAGGCUUCGAAUGGGACAGGCAUCGUGCCCGCCGGUGUGGAUUCCUUUGGCUGCUUUGAUGUCGAGAAGGAGCUGGACGAGCUGCGGCUAAAGACUUGUCCCGCGGAUGCACUGGAGGAGAUGUUUCGCGAGGACGAGACAGCUGCGCCUGUUCCUGUUGCUCCUGCUGAUGUGGCUGCUCCUCCUGUGGAAGCUCCUGUGGCAGCUCUAGAGCUAGCUCUGACCACUGACCUGCUGCAGAGCGAAGCAGACAUCAUUCCUGCAGCGGCGGAGCCACCAGCCACACUGGACUUUGACGCCAACAACAGCUCCAAUUCGAAUGAGUCAACCUUUGCCAAGGAGUACGAGACAUUUAUACACAAGAUCGAGGGCAGUGAGAGCGAAACGGAGGAGACGAAUGCCCAGGAUGACAGCGAGUAUCGCGAGCAUGCGAAGCGUUUCAAGUUCUACAAGAGAAAGCGCAAAAACACGGAGCCACAGGAGCAGCAGCAGGAACCAGGGGAGGAGCAGCAGCUGCAGGAGCAUCCUGUAACUCCUGUAAGUCCCAAGCCAAUCACACUCUCCCCACAGAAGCUGCUCGCCAGGCGUCGUCGCAAUCGCAUCAAGAUGCUCAAGAUACUGGAAUUUGAGAGUCCCAAACUCAAGUACCGCCACUACUUCAAGGCGCUGAAACUGCUGCGCAGGCGCUACGCCAGCAGCAGAACGCGUGAGCAGCGCAGAACCCUCAUGCGACGACACUUGGCACUGCGUAAGGAGCGUCGUUUGCCGCCCAUUAAGCGAUUGAUCAGGAAGUACGCCGAGGGCUCAAAAAGGAACGAGGGAGCGCAGCUCUACAAUCCGCCGAGCCUCAAGGGGCUGAGUGUUUCCGCUUUGAACACAAAAGCUUUUAGGAGCAGCCUGAUGCAGUCCUCGGGUCGGGAGACGGUCAUCAAGAGCGGCUACGCGCUGCAGAAGAAGGCUGAAGAGGAGAUCGAGGAUGGCGAACUACAGACAGCGGAGGGAGAGGAGGAGAACACCAUUCAAUCCGUCGAUUUGUUGCCCAAUUUCAAGGGCUUCGAUGAUGUCGAGAACACAAAUCUGUCGCCGCAGGCCAAGCUGCGCGUGGAGCCGGAGGAGGCGGAGGAGAAAGUGCUGGCACAGUCAACCGUGACGGAAGUAACCAAAGCCAAGGAGCGGGAGAUUCAGGCGUGGCUCAGGAACAACAGCAUGGAGGAGGAAGUGGAGGAGCUGCCUGCCACAGAAGAGCCCAAAGCGAUGCCAAUUGUUGUUGCUGCAUCUCCAGCGCCAUCAUCCUCUUCCUCGUCAUCAACGUCGAGCUCGAGCUCCAGCUCUAGUUCCAGCUCGGAGGAUGACAAGGAUUCAAGCAGCAGCAGCAGCCAAGAGGAGGACUCCUCAUCCAGCAGUAGCAGCAGCAGCAGCUCCACCGUGGCCGAGGCCGCAGAGACCGCCGAGGAGAGCGACUUCAAUGAGAUGGCGGCACUGGAGAGGGAGCUCUCCCAGUCGCAGAUUCUCGAACCAGCAGCAAAGCCAGCGGCAGCCAUACUGGAGGCCCAGCCCCUGCCGGAGGAGGAAGCACUCGCCGUGGCAACGCCCAUGCAGGAGGAGAUAUCCAACAAUGAUAUUGCCAAGCUGAAGCAGAUACUGGAGAGCGAUGGCGAGGAGCAGUCCACACAGCGGAGUCAGUCUCGGUCCCCAAAUGAAACACCAACCCAAAGUCCAAUCCAAAGCCCUUCCUCAUCCCCCAACCCAUUCCCUUUCUCCUGCAUCGUACCAAAGCUAAGUGACCUUAGUAAAAUUGCCUUAAAUAGUUCCUUAAUAACUAGAGAAUUAGAGUUAAGACCAAGCGGGGAUCCAGAGGAAUCCCUGCCAGCCUUUGAGCCGGCUUCAGAGGAUAGAUGCCUGGCAGCGGCACGAGAGGAGUCCCCUUUUGAAGCAACCGAAUCACAGUUCCCUGAAGAAGCCCCCAACACAGAGACCCCUGUGGAAACCCCACAAUCAGAGACCCCUGUGGAAGCACCCAAAUCCCAGCAGCCAGCACAGGUGGAAGAGGAUUCCCUGCCCGCUUCUGAGCAGCCUCCAACACCGCGUGAACUGAGCGUUGAGGAUGCCCUGGCGGAGAUGUAUCAACAAAUAGGCGUCGCCUCCGACCCAGAGGACUUUGAGGGCGACAAGGAUGCGGAGGCAGAAGCGAAUGCGAAUGGACAGGACAUGCUGCUGAUCAAUCUGGCAGAGAUAUUCGAUACCAGCAGCGAUCUGUAUGUGGUGCAGUGUGACAUGAACGAAAACAUACUGGGAGUUGUGGCCAGCGAGCAGGAGGAGGAGAGUGCGGAGCAGCCGGAUCGCAGUCAGGAGGAGGCGCUGCAGCUCAUACAACUGCUAGCCGAUCCACAGCCCGAGCUGAUACACCACGAGGAGAUCAUUCCCGACAGGCAGACGGCAAUGCGGCAGCGACGUCGCGAGUUCUUGAAGUAUUUGCAUGGAAAGUACGCGCAGAGUCCCAUAGGGAGGUUCCACCAUGCUCAGCGUAUAGUCAGGAAGUACAGGCGAAGGAGAGGGGCGGUAGCAGGAAAGCAGCCUGAGUCCAGCUUCUACCAAAGAUAGAGAGAGAGGAUCACAAAAGAUCAGAGAUCGUUUAGCCGUUGGGGCGUGACGAAAGAACCAUCAGGCGUGCCUAAAUGGAUACUAAAUACGAUCCAUAAAAUACCCACACACACACACCACACACACACACAUAGUUAUAGAUACAUGUACAUAAUGUAUCUGUUGGAUAAACAUUUCUAGAAUCUCAAGACUUGGUUAUAUAUUUUGGAUUUGCUUUAGGAACGAUAGCAACGUUUGAUAGCAGAAUAAUUGUAAUUAAUUUAGGCAUAAAAAUAGAUAUUAGCUUUAGAUAUUAUAUAUUUUGGAUAACUGUGCAAUAUUUUACAUUGAAACAACUUGUCGUGUUUCAAAUGCAUAAUUAUAGCAAACAAAAAUAUUGUAACUAAGUGCGCGAAUUCGAAUCUCGAUGUGAGUUUUUUUGUAGGGAUGAGUAAGCAAAGUUAAUCGUUUGGGGGCUUCGAAUGGGUUCGGUUCUGGGUUCGCGUGCAAUUAACAAGAGAGCUACAUAUACCCCGAGUAUCUGUUGUAUGUUAUCGGAUAAUGUAUCAGCAUUUUUAGUCACUGAGUGGCUGAGCAAUUUUAAAACGCUUUCCGACUAAAGGUCAGACCCCCCGCAGAUUGAGGGACAUGGCCAUAAAUGCCCGCCACUUGCGUGUUUUGCCAAACAGAACCCAGUAAACCUUGCCCCCUCCUAGCACCCAGUUUUGAUUCUGUUAUUCUGUUAGCCACCAAAAAAAUGUAUGCAGCCUAGACCAAAAAUUGUAGUAAAUUAUAAACCAUAAAUAUCUAUGGUUUGGGUAUCGUUUUGAACUGUUAGAUCUUAGACUUAAAGACUUGUUUUGUUUUUAGUGCAAUUGUUUGUUGGGUUCCUACUAUCAGGAUCGUGUUAAGCGUUCACCUAAAACACUUUUAAAAACACAAACACACACAGACACAUCUUUAUAAGCCAGCAGUUUCAGGUGGAGGUGGUGUGGAAUUAGCAUAGACCAGAAAAAUAUUUAAAUGCAACUUAUCUGCCGGAAAAAUGGCAUUUGAAACGCUCAUUUAUGCAAGAUGUGAAUGCGGAAAGCACACCUCAAGGGCACAAAGAAAACUGACCGAGAGGCGACGCUGCAUGACACGUUUACCAUGCGGAAAUGCUGGCUCUAGUUUUAGGAUCCAAACACAACUAUCAAUCAAUCUAUCUAUUUAUCAAUUGAAAUGUAAUCCACCUAGAUGUCUUUUAUCACUCUCUUGUAACACAUUCCAAAGGACCAAAAAAUAUACACCACUUAUACAAAAAUAUAAACCCAAAUAACUAAAUAAAUCUUACGUAUAAACUAGCCUCGAUUUGUAAGUGCAUUCUAGAAACUUUUAAUAUACAUUAAAAAAUCUAUUUGUAAAUGUAUUUUUAUUCGUUUUUAAAUAAUACGCUUAAUUUUAUUACAAAACAAAAGCAAAAUCAAAUGCAAAAUGCAAAAUGCUAGCCCACUAAAUGUUAUAUUAAUAAUAAUGCUAUUUAUUAUGGAAUAAUUGUACAUAGUCCCAGACCCUACCCCACAUUCGAUCUAGAUGUUCGCCCUUUUGCCACACAGUCCCUUACACUUGCUAUAUCCAUAGCUAUAUAGAGCUGUAGCUGUAAUAUCUGAACGGGUUUUUGCAAUUUACUUUAGUCUUAAGAUUUGUGACUUUAUAUAAAUGUGAGUGUCUUUGAGCAAAAACAAAAACAACAACAAAAUCAAAAGGAAUUACGAUAAAUGAUAUACGAAAAAUCCUAAAAAAGAGAGAAAUAAAUGUUUUAUGUA